CGGCCGCGGGACCCCGCCCCGCCCGCCGCCCGGUUGCCAUGGCGACGCCGUCGCGCCGAGGCCCGCGGAACCGGCUGAGCGACUCGGGAGCGGCGCGGGGAGGCUCGCGGGACGCUCGGGUAGGAGAGCCUUGGCCUCAGCAUGGAGGGCAGGGCCACAGUGUCCACCCCCGCAGCGCUGCCUUACUACGUGGCCUUCUCCCAGCUGCUGGGCCUGACCUUGGUGGCCAUGACUGGCGCUUGGCUUGGUCUGUACCGAGGCGGCAUUGCCUGGGAGAGCGACCUGCAGUUCAACGUGCACCCGCUCUGCAUGGCCAUAGGCCUGAUCUUCCUGCAGGGAGAUGCCCUGCUGGUUUACCGUGUCUUCAGGAAUGAAGCCAAACGCACCACUAAGGUCCUGCAUGGGAUGCUGCACGUCUCUGCGCUCACCAUCGCCCUGGUUGGCUUGGUGGCAGUGUUUGACUACCACAGGAAGAAGGGCUAUGCUGACCUGUACAGCCUGCACAGCUGGUGCGGGAUCCUCGUCUUUGUCCUCUACUUCGUGCAGUGGCUGGUGGGCUUCAGCUUCUUCCUUUUCCCUGGAGCCUCGUUUUCCCUGCGGAGCCGCUACCGCGCGUCACACAUCUUCUUUGGCGCCACCAUCUUCAUCCUCUCCGUGGGCACCGCCCUGCUGGGCCUGAAGGAGGCCUUACUGUUCAAGCUCGGGCCUGGGGAUGUGUCAGUGAUGCUUGCUGCCAAAAACUGGGUUGGAUUUGUAUGCACCUUCAGGAGAGGAUAAUCCAGCUGAUCUCAACACAGUGCAAUGGCUUUGACAUGGAAUAGACCAAGGGAGUUUAUUUGUGUCAGGGUAUGGAGACUUCAGCUUGAACUGUGAGUACAAAAAGACUCCACAUUUUUUGUUGUUGUCAUUCAGUGCAUGAUUUCAAACAAAUCUUAUAAUUGUUAUUUGUCUUGGUUUCCUUAUCUUACUCAAGGAUGCUGAUAAGCUAUUGUUACAAUAUACUUUGUAAUCUAUGUAUAUAUUAUGAAGUAUGAAAGCUAAGAUGAACAUACUGGAAAUAGCUAUACUAUGUGAUUUUACUGUUACUUGUCCCAUGAGUCUCCAAAUCCUACCUAGCAGAUUCCAUGUAAAAAUCUACGUAACCACUGGUUAGUGACCAGGGAAAACUAGGGCUUUAGGUCGAUCAGCUACAGGCGAGUAUAGGCUACUCUUGCUCUUUUGGUAAGGCAGAAGCCCAGGAUCCCCAACACAUUAGCCCAUCACUGAGGAACAGUUUUCUCCCUUUGCCUCUACAACUAAGGGUGAGAAUUAUCAAGACUUUGGAAGAUUCUACAUGUAGGAAACAGUGAGUGGCUGUUCUGAAGAAACUGUGUCCCUCACUCCCCUCACCUUAUAAAACAUGUCCCCCUCUUCCAUCAGCUUGCUCAACAGGAUGAUCAUGAUGUCUGGCUUGGAGGUGGCCAUCGCCCAUGUGGCUGGACCUGUAGUGUACAGGAUGCAUGAUGGGUAAAAAACUCAUACAAUGUAAGGGUGGUAGGAAGCUAGGUGAAAAAAAUACCCUGGGGGAAUUUCUGCUGAGAGAACAACUUGCUCCACAAUCAUGACCUCAUCUUUUAGACCUGGGAGUAUUUUAGUGACUCCCACUGCCAAGAAGCUGCGUUGGAUUUGUAUUCACCUUAAAAUAAGAAUAUUGGAACCAUGUGAGCCUGCCCCACACGAGGGCAGCAAAGCCUGCAUGCUGCAUGUGGGCAGGCAAUGGCUUAGUUUGGAAUUAUUUUAAAUAAGGAAAUUGGGAGAAUGGAUUUACAUUAAGCAUUGCUGCAGGAUUUGAAAAGUUCAAAAAGGUUAAUUUAUUUUGGGUUUGGGACUCAAACCCCCCAGAUGUUUAUUUAGCUCUUAACUAAAAUAUGUACUUUGCAGAAGGGAAACCAUUAAUAGUUCUAAAGGUUCCCUUAAAUAGUAAGUACCAACUAGGACUCCCUGGGAUUCACUUUGAAGCAGGAGCACAGUUCGAAUGUCAGUCAGACGUGAAACAAACCAACAUUACUGAGGAUGACUUUACCCACAAAAAGAAAGAAAAGGUUAAAUUGAUUAGUUUACAAAUGCCUGAAUUAUUUACAAACUAUGCUUUUCAAGGUUAGUUAUCAAAAGUUCAAGUUAUUCUCUACAACAGUCAUUAAAAAAAAUCUUCUUUUAAGGUGAAGUAAAUUAAAAGAUUAGAGGUGUAGGGAACUCAUGCAGGCUAAACCAAAGAGGAGAAGGCAAAGCUGACCAAGCCAUCAGACCACGCCUGAUGCUGACAGCGGUGAAAUAUACCUCGUGGGCGACUCGGUAACGUCUGACAACCUUCAAAGAAAGGAGAAAACAAAAAGUUGUAGGAGAGGAAAAAAAAAUGGAUGAAGGUGAAAAAAAAAAGAAGGAAAAAGCAGCAGUGAGAGGCAGGCAGCACAAAGCCAGCAUUUCAGCCAACCCUCAUCUACAGGUCUGUGGGCUCAGGGGAGCAGCUGGGACAGCGGCAGCAGGGACUUGAGUCUGAAGCACAUUCAGAGCAAGGGAAAGCAAAGGCUCACGGCAGUGCAGAGAUCCAGGAUGCUGAUAGGUGGGGGCUGGAACAGAGGCAGUGCUGAGAGGUGCUUAAGGUCAGAGCAGCCUCCUGGCUAAGGCUACAAGGGACACGGUAGAGAACCAUGUGGUUCUGGACACAGGGGACUGCAGACCAUGGCUCAGAUGGCGCUUUCUCUUGGCUAAAAGCCUCUCUGUUCACUUGGACAAUAAUUGGGCCAGGGAGGAGGGGGAACUAUAUACGCUCACACCAAAUACCCAGGGCAGCCAGACCACUGGACCAGUCUGGCCCCUGGGCACAGAUGGCCAACACCCUCUUCCCUUCUCCUACCUAUCUUGGCUCCUUUCUUCAGAAGAGUGACAACCACAGAGGUGUUCCGGCACCCCACGGCCCUAUCCAAAGGGCGCAUUCCACUGUAGUCAACAUGCUCGAUCAUGGCCCCAUGAUCUACCAGGAAUUGGACCUAGGACACAGAUCAAGCAGAGCAGUUAGGACAGGCGUAAUGGCUCAGCACUGUUCCACCAAGGGCUCUGGCUGCUGCCUGCCCUUCUACUGCUGGCCUGAAUCAGGCUAUACAGCCAUGAUAUUUCAGGCCUUAGCUACAUUCUUGAUCUUUAGUAGCAAUUUGAAUGUUCCUGUUCUCUGGCAGGUAUAGAUCUGAGAGCUCUGUAUCAGGAAUCAUCAAUACCUCACUCCACUUUCGACCCCAGCUAGUAUGGAUGGAGAACAGCCCCUCUCCCUACUUUCCCGAGGGUUGUUUAAAGGAACUCACCACCUCAGCAUCACCAUAGAAAGCUGCCAGAUCCAGUGGGGUACGGCCGUUCUUGUCAGCAUGGUCUGUGGCAGCUCCGUUAUCCACCAGAGAACGUACUACUGAGAGAUGGCCCUUCAAACAAGCCCAGCUGAGGGCUGUCAAUCCUUCUUUGUCCAUGAGAGCAAUGGAGGCACCUGCAAAGGCAAGUGACAGCAUAGGGCUGAGGAGACAUGGAAAUGCACAGCAGGCGGGGAAGUGUGUCGAAGGGGCAUGCUCCACCAAAGAACACCGCUUGCUUCUGGACUACUUCCAUGUUAAGACUGAUCCUGGUAUGCCAAUUAUAUCUCAAUAAAACUGUUAAAAAGUUCAUCCUACAAGCUUUCACUAACACAGAUUCCAGUUGUUUUACUGGGUAUUCAAGGUCAUCCACAAUCUAUUCCUAAUUACUCUCUAUACUUAAGUUUUAUUAUUCCCCUGUGAAAAUCCUCCACUUCGGCCAGAUGGAUGUGCUCACUGCCUCUCAAGGCUCCCAUAAAUCCUCCUGCAUCCUCACUCUCGGUCACGUUGCUCCCUAUGUGGAAGAGCUCUUCUUCCCCCAAGACUUGCCUCACUUCUUCCCAUUCUCUAGGAACUACCUCCAUCCUCCUGCCUCUAAGAAGCUUCUCAUGGUUCACUGCUACCUCAUCUUAAAUAUGCUUAACAUAAGUCAACUUAUUCCAUUAUUUAUCUAUUCUUAUGUAUCCUAUUUGCAGGUAAUAAAUUCUCAAUGAGCAUUUUCUUCUUCUUUUUCUUUUUUCCUUGAGAUGCAGUCUGGUUCUGUUGCCCAGGCUGGAGUGCAGUGGCCCGAUCUCGACUCACUGCAACCUCCACCUCCUGGGUUCAGACAAUCCUCCUGCCUCAGCCUCCAAAGAAGCAUGCACCACCAGCUCUGGCUAAUAUUUGUAUUUUUAGUAGAGACGGGGUUUCACCAUGUUUGCUAGGCUAGUCUUGAACUCUGACCUCAAGUGAUCCACCUACCUCAUCUUCACUACACUGGAGCUCAGUGAAUAUUUUCUGAACUGAGCAGAAGCUUUCCAUUGAUAAUGGUGCUAACUCCUUGAGACAGUCUCCUCAAAUAGGAGCCCCAGGACAUGUUUGUCACUGAUCGCAGUGCCAGGCCAUUUCUCCCUCCCCAGGUGGGGGAAAUAAACAUGUGAGAGGACACUGAGCUCAGGCCAUGAAAGAAAUCUAGAGUUUAAUAAAGUUAAAUUCAUAGAAUCACAGAAUAAAAUGGUGGUUACCAGAAACUAGGAGAUGAGGGGGGAUCGGGGAGAUGUUGGUCAAAGACACAAAAUUCACUUAGAAGAAAUAAGUUCAGGAGAUCUACUGUAUUAGUUACUAACUAGUACACUCAAUCUACUCCAUAGUUCUUAACUAUAGUCAGAGUGAUAGUUAUUAAUAAUAUAUACUUGAAAAUUGCUAUGAAAGUACAUUUUAAGCAUUUUCACCAGAAGAAAAAUGGGUAAGUGUGCGAGGUAAUGCACACAUAAAGUAGCCUGGCUUAGCCAUUCCACAGUAUACACGUAUGCAGCUUAAGUAUCCCUAAUCUGAAAAUCUAAAAUCAGAAACACUCCGCCAUCUGAACCUUUUUGAGCGCCAACAUGACACUCAAAGGAAAUACACAUUGCAGCACUUUGGAUUUCACAUUUUUGGAUUAGUAAUGUUCAACCAGUAAGUAUAAUGCAAACAGUCAAAAUGCAAAAAACAAAAUCCCAAAUCUGAAACGCUUCUGGAACAGAAUAUGCAACCAAGUAUUUCGGAUAAGGGAUAUACAGCCUGUAUACACCAUAAAUAUAUUGUUCACCAUAAAUAUCAUUCUUGUCUAUGUUUAGACAUGUUUAGCUUCACAGAUACCACACUGUGUUACAAGUGUUUAUAGUAACUCAGGGCAGUAACAGGCUACACAGGUUUGUAGCCUAGGUGUGUAGUAGGCUACACCAUCUUGGUUUGUCUAAGUGCAUUCUAUGAUGCUUACAAAUGACAAAAUCACCUAAGGACACAGUUCUUAGAAUGCAUUUCUCUGAACAUAUCCCUAUGAUUAAGCAACACAUAGCUACAUAUACAAUUUUUACUUGUCAAUUAAAUAUUUCACUGUGUGGAGUGACUCUCUAUAAUCCCAGCACUUUGGGAGGCUAAGGUGGGGAGGAUUACUUGAGGCCCGAAAUCUGAGAUCAGCCUGAACAACAUGGUAAGACUCUGUCUCUACAAAACACUAAAAAAUUAGCCAGUUGUGGUGGUGUGAGCCUGUAGUCUUAGCUACUAGGUAGGCUGAGAUGGGAGGAUCGCUUGAGCCCAUGAGUUCCAGGCCUUGGUGAGCUAUGAUCAGGCCACUGCACUCCAGCCUGGGUGAUGGAGCGAGAACUUGCCUCUACAAAAAGACAAAAAAACCAAAUACAAUAAACAAGAAAUUCAGAGUUUAAACUCCUCAGCCUUAUUCAGUAAUUCCACCUUCCUUUUCAAAUUCUCCGCCCACUCUUUCAUAUUGUGCAUGUUUCCCUUCAACCUUUCUAUUUUCACUUUAAAGAAUCAAGCAUACCUGACAUGCUGCUUUGUAAUCAGUCUAAAAUCCAAUAUACAUUUGGUUAAGGCCCAGACUGUAAGGUCUUCGAUGACAAGGAGCCUAUCAUUUAUUUGCUAGUUUUGAAGAGUACCUAACUCUUUUCACACAGUAGGCAUGUCGUAUUUAACUACAUCAGAUAUCAACUUACUGCACCAGGACACUUAGCUGCCCCCUCAGCUGGACAGGAUUCAGAUGUCAGCUCAAGCUUAGGACCUGCCACAGCAGGCUCAGGUUUUACUCAGCAGUCAUCUAGCCUAUCACCUUUGCAUUCCUGGAGGUCAGUAGAGUUUGUGGUUUCCCACAGCAGGAUGAAAAGCUGGAAGGCUCUCCUGAUGAGAGCCAUUUAGGUAAUGGUACAGUUUGCAAUUAAAGCAUUGACUCUAUGUGGAAUAAAUUUAAAUAUGGAAGAGAAUCCAAGGAGUUUUUUUAGAUGCAACAUCUAUAAAUUCCCUGGACAAAGUCUCCAAUGGUGGAAAAAGUAGGAUAAGAAAGUUCUGAUUGUAUAUUAAAGAAACUGAUUUUUCCAAAGAAAAGAAAUUAAAAGGAGUUACAUAUGAAACAAAUCCAUAAUAUGUUAAAUCCUUCCAAAAUCCAAUUUGCAAUCUUCCUCCUUUCUCUCUCAUGCAGUUAAUGAAAUCACAAUUCUCCCAAACAUCCAUCUUACAACUCUGGAGUUAUCUUUUUAACUCUUCUAUCCUUCCUUCCUACAUCUACUCAGACUUCAUAUCCAAAAUACCUCUUGCACAUAGCCCUUCUGUUCUAUUCUGAAAGCUACUGUCCUUGGGUUAGGACCUCUUUAUGCCUCAUCUGUUUCAUUAUAAUGGCUUCUUAACUGAUCUCCUGGCUCCUUUAUCAAGUCUACUGCUCACAUACUGCCAGAGUGAUUGUUUUUAAAGCAUAACUCUGGCAUCAAUUCCUUAUUUAAAAAAUUUUAAGGCCUCCCCAGAUUCUUUUAACAUGGUCCUUUUCCAUUUCUUUCCAUAUACCUUUGCAAUUUUACGUUCUGUAGUCCUCUUACACUUUACUGGACAGCUCGCAUAUUUCUCUAAACCUGUUACUCCUCUUUGGCCUUUCAUCUAUGUUACGUCCUCUCCCUAAAUCUAGGACAUUUUUCCUAUUCAAAUUUCGAAGCCUGUCCUGGUCUAACUCAAAGUAUCCCUUUAUCAGAGCACUCGGGAUUCUCUGCUUUUUAAGGUAUUUAUCUUUGCUUUAUCUCUUCCUUGCCACAUUAUAGACCUUUGAGGGCACAGAUUAUAGUGCAUUAAUUAAAAAAAAUCAGAGCUACUCAUAGUUCCUAGUAUAGGAACUAUUUACGCUAAUGACAUAGCCUAAAUAAAUCUUUGUUGAAUUCAUUAUUAAGUGAAAGCCUCUCAUUUAAGUGCAGAAAAAAAUGAAACAGUUCAAAGAAGAAAAUCUCUCCAUUGGUGAAUGAAAGAAAUACCUGGAAUCUGUGGCUACGGAGCCUCUACUGGCACAUGACAGGUACUUUGCAGCUAUCUAAAGGUUAUCAGUGGCACAAGAGGUCCUGCCUCUUUCAGUGGACUGGGUUUGUUCUGGAGUAUUUACUCCUGACACAACUUAUCUUGAGAAUCUAGGUAAUCCUUCCUCUUUCCUGCUUUCCCCAGUAGAAAUGAAGAUAGAUAUUUAUGAAGGCAAAUUUCUUUGGUAGCUUAUAUGGGGGAACCAAGAGCCACUUCACAACCUGUAAUAGCAACUCUGAUUCUGACCCAGCCUUGAGUCUGAGUCUGAGGAAACAAAUCUUACUUGAGGGAUACAGCUAAAGAUCCAAUAAGUCUCUGACUGAGCUGUAGUUUGAAAUCUUAGAAGAAACCUAAUUUCUUCCUAAUUAAACUACCCUCAGGUGCUCCAGCCUAGACAUCAUUGUUCAGGAGGUUGGUUUCCUUGAAGGAAAGUACCUGUGCUUGUGGAUAUAAUUACAGAUGUUUGGGUCCAGUUUACUAAUAGUGGAGGCUAACUGGAAUGACUGCCUCUGCCUCUUGCUUCAUGCAAACGCUCAAGCUCCACUAGAUGGCACUGCAGAGUCACCAGUGAUGAGCUUUUUCUACUACAGAGGUCCACCAUCAGCAGCCACCGUUAGGCGCAGGUCACAGCAAGCAACGGGAACCUGAUGUGCUUUACGAUGGUGGUGUGACCACUGUCUCCUUUAACUUAUUUCCCAUUCACCAGGAAUUUGUGGAUGUUGGGAAGUGUCAAAGGGAAUUUAUUAUAACAGGGUAAUAAUCUUGAUUCCCCAAAUAGGAUCCCACAGUCAGCUGGGGUCUUCACUACAAUUUGCCUCCUUUGAAUUCAAGAAAAAUAUUAGUUGUGCAGGCUUACAAAAGAAUUGAUAAAGUUAAAGUCAAAACACAAUCCCUGGAAGAUGAACAUAUAGUGAGUAUAUAUUUUUUAAAAAUCAAAGUUUGGAGACUACUGAUCUGAAUGAGAAUUUACAGUAUGUUAAUUUCAGGCUGGGCGUGGUGGCUCAUGCCUAUAAUCCCAGCACUUUGGGAGGCCAGAGGCGGGUGGAUCACAAGGUCAAGAGAUCAAGACCAGGAUCGCCGUCUCUACUAAAAAUACAAAAAAUUAGCUGGGCAAGGUGGUGCGUGCCUGUAGUCCCAGCUACUCAGGAGGCUGAGGCAGGAGAAUUGCCUGAACCCAGAAGGCGGAGGUUGCGGUGAGCUGAGAUUGCACCAUUGCACUCCAGCCUGGGUAACAAGAGCGAAACUCCGUCUCAAAAAAAACAACAACAAAACAAUAUGUUAAUUUCAUUUAAAUUCCUCAAGUCAUAAAGAAAUAGUGUCUGAGUCAGAAGCAUUCCACUGAAUACAAGACGGAAGGAGAUGGCCUUUCAUUUUCCAACCAACUGGAUUAAUAUCUGUUCUUAGUAUCUCCUGGGAACCAUUGCUGGAAAUCAUGAGUUCACCAGGUAAUUACGGGCACUAGCCAGCCAGCUUUAGCAUCCCAAGACUAACCUUGUGCAAGUAGGAAGUCCACAGUUCCUAGAUGGCCUUCGGAGGCAGCCAUCAUCAGGGGAGUGCGGCCCUGCUUGUCUGCCAUGUUGACAUCAGCUCCAUGGGUAAGUAAAAGAUCAACAAUCUGCAAGUGCAGAGAAAGAGGAACCAGUUAGCUCAAAGAAGAGCGCUGAGAAGACAUGUGCACACUAUCUCUUACUCUGUACGAAUUCCUACUGCUGUAUAAGUCACCUCUAUAUGUAUCUUUCCACUGCGAGAACCCUGUAUAAGUACCUGUAGAGUCCUAGUACCAUGUGAUUUAAUAUCUAACUCUCUUACGGACAGCCAAAUGAGAAGGAUUCAACUCUGAAUGUCUUGACUCAGCCACUAAGUAAAAAAGAACUUAACAAAGGUCAAGAUGUAGAUAAAACAAUUCCAUAGUGGAAAUCCCAACAUAAAUCACUCCUUUAUUGCCCUCUAGUGGUUACAAAUCUGCCUGCAGUUAAUACUUCCGACUGAACAGAACAUAAUAAAGUGUCUCUGGUAACUCUUUAGGGCUGUUUGGUUUCUACGGCCUUUUUUCUAUUCAAAUACUUCUGAAGAUUAUUAUCAGUGUGCUUUUUUUUCCAUCCCAAGUGUAUAAAUUAACAUUUAUCCAGAAUCCAAACAUCUAAAAGGACUAUAUCACUAGAAUUUGCAUUCACUGCAUUUUUUCUUAGUAAGUCUCAGAUACUUGCAAGUAAGUGACUAGCAGAAGUCUGCUGAGAAAUGAACCUUCCAAGGAGUCUUUGGAUGCUGUGAAAUUUGAGAAGGAGAUCACUCUAUUACCUGGACAACAGUAGCAAUCCUUCUAUACAAUCUAUAUCAAGUGAUGGUUUUGAAUGUUAACUGUCGCAUGCAUGCUCAAUUAACCAGAAUAUUCAUAACAAAGGUCCAAGUCUCACACCUGAUCACUGCUGAGUAACCCAAACUUUUACUUGUGAUCAUUCUGCUCUCUGCAUCAGAAGUCCUGCCUGAGGGACUGGAACUGGCCACCCUGCUUACCUGCCAGUGGCCCUGGCGCACUGUGCUGAAUAGCGGCACUGCCCCUCGGCGGUUUGGCUGGGCCACUGCCGCCCCUUGUUCCAAGAGCAGACGGCACACCUCCAGUUUGCCCCUUCCGGCUGCAGCUGUUAGGGCUAAGGGCAGAGAACAAAGACUGAGGAGAGGUGCUUCUCGUCAUCUCUAGUGCUCAAUGUUAAAUGUGACAUAUCCCUGUGUUUCAUUAAUGUACUGCUACUUUACUUCUAAGAAUAACUAUUUUUGCCACCUUUUCCAUAAACAAAAGUUCUAAAGAAAAAUAAUGAAUAAAGGUACAUUUAAAUUGCCUCACAAAAUUUGGAGACAAUUAUAAUAAAUCUAUUGAAAAAUCACCUUUAAUCAAACUCACUUGGUUUCAUUUUCCCUAACCAGACUGUCUGCUCUGCUUUGGUGUACCUUUUGUUUAGUACCUCUUCCUAGCUACAAACUUUCUGUGUGAGUGGAAUCUAAAGACAAGAGUCUUUGCAGAGAUAAAUAUAUAUAUAUAUAUUUUUAAAGAAUUAGCUGGGAACUACCUCCAGCCAAGCUCUACGCUUGGGCUCUGAAUCAGUGUUAGGAAUUGCAGCCCAAGGUCUUGGGGCCAGUUUUCAUUCUUUUUCUUCAUGAGUUGAUACAGAAGUUUCUGGCACAUUUGCAACAUUUUUUUUAAAUAUAAGGUUUAGAAUUACUCAAGGUAGCAGUCUUAAAGAUGGGAAAAGAGGUAUGACAAAGACUAUUUUCUUCUGAAUGUAAAAUAAUGAAGUCACAGGUAAAAAUAGCUACAGUGAGUUUAAGAGACACAUCAGGAAAAACACAGAUACAUUCUUAUUCUUGUGCCACUGUCCACUGACAAUAUGAUCUCUGAUACAAAGGAGAUUUUACAAACGCCUCUUGUGUUCUCGGAUUAUCAUUUCAACAGCAGAAAGAGGAAUUCGGAGAAAUGAAGUCUGUCUUUUAACAAAUAUUUGUUUCAUUUAACUGUGGGAUCUCAGGUGUAUAGGUCUAUAGUUUUUAAAAAAAUAAUGAGGGUAAGGAGGAUGGAAAACACUGUUAGAACAUGGAAGAGUUAUACUUCAUUUUAAAGAAAGAGUAUAAAGAUUUUUUUUUCCAAAUUAAAAAAUUGGUGUAGUGGUCAGCAGGUCCUUCUUUUAUUAUAGCCUCAUACUCCAAUAAUAAAUCAGAAAAUGAUAAUAGUUAGCAGGCACGGAUACUGCAGUUUGCAAACAUUAAAAUCUAUUCAGAGAAGCAAAUAAAAUUUACAUCAAAUGGACAUUUGCAUUCUUUUCCACUUAAGUGCAGAUUAUGGCAUUUUAUCUUUGGAUAUGGCCAAAUUUAUUCAUUACUGAGUCAUAUGCAAAAUCAAAACUACCUGUAAUUUCUACAAAGGUAAACCUUCAAGUAAUAUUUUCCUUUCUUCCACAAGGAUAAGAAGAGCUUACGCAGUAAAAUGUGAUAAUUUUAGAAGAUAUCUGCACUCUUAAACCAGUUCUAUAUAUGGCUUGUCUUCUGUGUAUUUUCAAUUUUAUUUUGGAACUCUUGACAUUGGCAUUUCUGUCCAGUUCCUUACAGGAGGGCAGUGGCUUGGUCCCAUCUGAGGUGAGGUCCUUUCCAAGCCCUGAGUGGAUGAGGUCAGGUGUUAAUGGCUACAAUUAUUUACUGGACAAAUAUGUUUUAUCUCUUGUUUUUUAAAUGUAAGUGAUGUCCCCUGUUUCUCAAGUUCAUAUUUCUAAUAGGUAAGAAAACAAAUUGUUAGUUUUGUAUGUGGGUCAGAACAUAAGAGUAGUUUAAAUAAUUUGACUGGAUAGACACUUAUUAGGAACCAUAAGAAUUAUCUUGGUGUAUAAAACAAACCAUUUGGAAAAUUUCUAACCCACGUUCUGACCUCAUUUAAAGCAGCUACUAGGCGGCUAAGGUUGCAGCAAACAUCUCUAUGUUAGGUGGCUAAAUACAUUAUUUUUCACGAAAGAACUUAUAGCAGCUUAGAGAAAAUAUAGACAGUAUUUCAGAAUCAAGCUUCUCACUAAUGAUGCUAGUUCACAAAACGCAUCUGAAUAUUCACAACCACUGCCAAUCUGGAAAGCCACACUGUCCACUCCAACAAUUCCACUGCUCUGGCUGUCUCAUUUCUCCCUACUGGAUAACAUUUAUAUGAGAGGGAAUGUUCCACUUGGCCUUUUUCUUUGUUGUGUUAUCUCCGUUGUUUAGGUUAUGAUGUCAUUUGGCAGCAACCUUCAGUUGAUAGCUGGACAUGGUUAUUAGCACAGCUGGCCAGUUUCAUCUUAGAACAACACAACUGUGUAGAACAGAAUCUGGGCUUUUCAAAAUCCAAGAGCAAAGAGUUGUAUAGCUGGAUUUCAUAUGAGAUUUAUCGAAAACUGUUAAAACUUUCUAAAAGAAAGGAGAUUAAGGUAAAGCCAAUUCUAUAAAACAUCAAACUGCAGAGCAGUUAGGAGCCAACUUUCUUCCUAAAAGAGCAGUAACAGAAUUUGUUCCCUAGCUUGUCAGCAUCUGAUGAGAUAAUCUGACAGAAAUGGUCUUUUUUGAAAGGGAAACAUCUAAAGAGUUGGAAGAGGCAGACAGGAUGUAGCUCAGUGUUGGGGAAACAGCCAGAGCCUGUUUGGAUGGGAUGCUGACACUAAAGAGAAUGCAGAAACCCAAAUGACUCUUUCAUCUACUUUGAACCUUGGAAGACCCCAGCACAGACAGGUCAUGUAAGAUCCACGGGUAGGGGGAGGAGGGGAAGUGGCUGGGGAGAAAUACACUGAUCACUGAUAUGCAAAAUAACACUAAUUAAACAUUUAUUGAGCUAUUUGUCAGGCACUGUCUCUGGUUGAGUAAGGAAACAGACAAAUAAGUACCUUAAUAUACAGUAUGACAAGCACAAUGGAGAUAUAUCCUUGGUAUGAGGGAAGGCACAGAGGGAGAAGUGUCUAAGAUGGCCUCCAGUAGAGAUGACAAUGUAAACUAGAUGCUGAAAGAUGAACAGGAGAUUUAUAGGCAUGGAAGGUGGGGGAUGGACAUGACAGGCAAAGGGAGAGCAUGAAUAAAUGCACUGAGGGGGAAAACAACAUGUUUAGUUAUUGGAAUUACUGGAGAAGACAGUCAGUAUAUGAGGCUGGAUCAUUACUGGUCUUUUUAUGCUACAUUAAAGGACUUAAUCCUUCAAGUAGUAAAUGAAGGUCAAUGACACAAACAGACUAUGGUUUAAAAAGAUCACUGGCUGAAGUCUGAGAGAUGUAUCACCAAAGGGUGAGGCUAGAGGCAGAAGCUCAAUUAGAGGGUAGUUGCAAUAAUCUAGGCAAAAGAUGAUGAGGGCAGGAAUUAAAGGAAUCUAAUAAGUUUGUUUUGUAAACUCUGGUUUCUUUUUAGGGCCAUGUAUUUCCAGGGUUGGCCUCCAGACUUGCUAGAAGCUCUCAGUGCUGGUCCUGGUCUGUGCCCACAACACAGGGGAGAGGUUGGUGUGGUGAACAAUCUUGUCACCUUGUUUGCUUUUCUUCUGUGUUGUUCUAUAAGAAGUCUGUGAAAACACUAUGGGAUGGGGGGGGUGUGUCAGCAGAUGGUGGAAGCUGGAUAUAAGAAGAUGACAUCUAGAAGGAUAAAGAGGCUGCAAAAGGAGGAUGAAAGCAACCAGGAUGCUUUAGUGAUCUGCCUUUAGAAAAUCUGAUAUGUAAAAAUCACAUCCCAAUUAACAUUUCAUUGUAUACUAGGAUGUAUUUCACUGAUUCUAAGAUUCACUUUCUCCCUCUACAUUUUAACAUCUCUGAAAUUGGGAUGCAUCUUAAAAAUGAUGUGAUAAUAAAGAAUUGUGUCAGUUUA